CCUCCGCCCUCCACCUCCUCAUCCUCCUCCCUUCUUCUUAAAAACUAAAAAGAGAAAAGAAAAAAAAAAUUUCCCAAAAUGGACCUCAGGGAAUCCAUCGCCCACCAAACGGCGUUCUCGCUCCGUUUGGCGAAGAGCGUCGCCACCGCCGAAGCGGCGAGCUCCAACCUCGCGUUCUCGCCGCUCUCCCUCCACGCGCUUCUCUGCCUCGUCGCCGCGGGAUCCAAGGGCCAAACCCUAGACCAGCUCGUCUCCUUCCUCGGCUCCGGCGCCGCCGCCGCCGCCGCCGCAUCCGUCGCCGCCGCCGCCGCCGCCGACGCGGCCGAUCUCACCGCGCUCGCCUCCCAGGUCGUGGAGAUCGUCCUCGCCGACGCCUCCGCCGUGGGCGGGCCGCGCGUCGCCUUCGCCAAUGGCGUGUGGAUCGACGGCUCCCUCUCCCUCAAGGACUCGUUCAAGUCGAUCGUCGCCUCCGCUUACAAGGCGGAGACCAAGUCGGUCGAUUUCCAAACCAAGGCUGCUGAAGUCACUGAUCAAGUUAACUCAUGGGUCGAGACUGCAACGGCUGGCCUUAUAAAAGACCUCCUUCCCCAGGGUUCUGUUAACCAGAACACUAGGCUGGUGCUCAGCAAUGCUCUUUACUUCAAAGGAGCUUGGACUGAGAAGUUUGAUGCAUCGGAAACCAAAGAUGAUGAGUUCCACUUACUCGAUGGAAGCUUAGUACAAGCACCUUUCAUGACCAGCGGGAAAAAGCAGUUUAUCUCUUCUUAUGACAACUUUAAAGUGCUUAAGCUUCCCUAUAAGCAAGGCGACGACAAGAGACAAUUUUCUAUGUAUAUUUUCCUCCCCGAAGCUAAUGACGGCCUGUGGAAUUUAACCGAGAAGUUGGGUUCCGAUCCCGAGUUUCUCAACCGUCAUCUCCCGAAGCAAAAGGUUUCAGUGGGAAAGUUCAAAAUUCCCAAGUUCAAGAUAUCAUUCGGGUUUGAAGCUUCUCAAACUCUGAAAGCUAUGGGGCUAACUUUGCCCUUCAGCGCUGGCGCAGAUUUAACAGAAAUGGUCGAUUCACCCGUGGGUCGCGACCUCUAUGUUUCAUCAAUACACCACAAGUCUUUUAUCGAAGUUAAUGAGGAAGGAACGGAGGCUGCCGCCGCUUCUGCUGCAGUGGUGAUGAUGAGGGCAUUGGUGAGGGAAACUCCAGACUUCGUAGCCGAUCACCCAUUUGCGUUCUUGAUCAGAGAGGAUAUGACCGGGGUUGUUCUAUUCAUUGGUCAUGUCCUCAACCCAUUGGUGACCGAGUAAGAAAACUAAAAAAGUAAGAAUGUACACGCCUUACAUGAACUAUAGACCAUUUUGAAUCAGGCUAUCCAACCUUUCAAAGUUUUGAUUUUGCUGCUCAACUUUUUAAUUUAUUUGAUUCGAAUCAGUUAACAGCACUUUAACUUUCAAAUAUAAACGAAUAUUAUUUACUCACAAUAAAUUUGUAGUUGCGAGAAUUAUCUUUCAACUACAUUAACUAAAUCUAUAAAGAUAAACGAUGCAUUCAAAUUUGAAGUCCAAGUGCUGUCGGUCGACUCGAAUCAAACAAAUUAAUAGAUUAGAUAGUAAAAUCAAAAGUUUGAAAGAUAGAAUAGUCAAUUCAAAAUAGUGCAUAGUUCAGAUAAGUUUUGUACGGUUGUAUCAAAUGAAAAUCUAACUAUAAUGGUGGUAUUGUAUCUUUUUGUUUCCUUUUUCAAUCAAUCCUCUGAGUGCGCCUAGAGGGUCUGUACUUUUUUGCUCACUCUGUAAUCUGUUUGCUAGACUCUUCUUUCGUUACAAUGCUAAUCUUUGUAUACUUUGCGAGCUAAAUCUAGUAUGUGUCCGUUAUGUUAA